AGUGCUCAGAGCAGCCACAAUUAAGCCUCGAUUCUUAUAAGAACCCCGGAGGCUCUCCUCUGAGUCAACUCAUUGCAAGUGAACUAUAGUCAUAUACGUACACCUAUUUACCCUAGCUACGUCCGGAUCUAUGAGCUAGCCCGGUUGUUGCUACUGCUUUGACGACCCAGAUAAUCCCAUGUACAAGGGCUGCUAAGGCAGGUCGUUACCACCAUGGAUACACUACUUUUCGUUUCCCCUUUCGACGAACAUGCGCCAGGUUCAUCUUGGCGAUAUUUGCUGCGAAGGAGAGUCUGAUACUAACUCUACCAGCACCGCGGAUAUCGCCGCAAAUGCUCCAAGAUACCGGCGCAAAAGCAGCACCUUCAUCGAUGGAAUUCAUGAUGUCCCCGACGAUGGCGAUAGAGCCCCGGCCCAGUUAUAUAGCACCAUGUCAGGAAGACUCUUCCAUUCUGGUCGUAUUGCAAUUGUUAUGGUGGGACUUCCAGCGCGAGGCAAGACCCAUAUUGCCGUUUCGUUAGCACGAUACUUGGGAUGGUUAGGGGUGAAAACGCGAAUUUUCCACCUUGGAGAUUACCGUCGAGCUACUGUUGGUCAAGGUGGACACGUUCCUGAAGAUUAUUUCUAUCCUAACGCCUCCCCGGCCUCCGUCGUUUUACGCCAGAAGAUCCUUAAAAAGUGUCGCGAGGACAUCUAUGGUUGGCUUAACCAUGAAAAUGGACAAGUCGCAAUAUACGAUGCGGUGAACCCGACCGCGAGUGGUCGUCGAUCGUUAGCUAAGGAAUUUGCCAAGCACGAUGUCCAGACAUUGUUCCUCGAGUCCUAUGUUGAUGACGAAAAUCUCCUCCGGGAGAAUGCCCGCAAUGUUAAGAUUGGUUCCCCUGAUUUUGCCAAUAUGGAUCCUGAUGAGGCCGCAAAGCUUUACUUGGAACGCAUGGAAACCAAGAUUCCCACUUUUGAGACUAUGGACGAAAAGGAACUUAAUUAUAUUAAAAUGAUUAAUGCUGGCCAGAAAUUCUUCUACAACAACGUAUCUUUCAACUACCUCUCGCACCGUAUUGUCUUCUAUCUGACCAACACUCACGUCAAAUCUCGGGCCACAUUUUUCGUCCGACCUGGCGCUGCGACUGAAGAGGAUAGUUAUAAGGCAGAUGCGCCAUUAUCUGGGGAAGGACUCAAGUAUGCUAGGGUAAUGACUGAGACGGUGAUCGAACACCGCGAACGGGAGCGAGCAUCACGGACAAAAGAUGGUGGGCCAACAGCACCGCUACGGCCGCUCGCAGUAUGGUGUUCAACGCGUAUGCGUACUCUACAAACAGCAGACGUCUUUAAAGAGCUCGGAUACAAGGUGCGCCAACGCAGCCAGAUGGCCGAAAUCAAUCCAGGGGUAUGCGAAAGAUUGAGCGAGCGCGCUAUUCGCCGUUUAUAUACUGAGGAAGUCACGAAGCACGAACUCGACCCAUAUCAUCACCGUUACCCCCGUGCUGAGUCAUACCACGAUCUCGCUGUACGACUUGAGCCAAUCAUCUUAGAACUCGAGCGUGAGCAGAAUGACCUGCUAAUCAUUGCCCACGAGAGUGUGUUACGUGUGCUCUAUGCAUAUCUUAUGCACUGUAGCACAAUGGAUAUCCCGAAUCUCAAGUUUCCACGGAACGAGAUUAUCGAGGUUAUCCCAGGUGCAUAUCAAAAUGAGGCCAAGCGUAUCCAUAUUCCAGGUCUCGACCCCAGAACGGUUCCGGGAUCUCCCGAGGACAUUCGUAUCCCCGUUCCGGACAGUGCCUCCGACACCCCAACACCCCUCCCAGGUGGUGGUCUUUCUGCACCUGCAGUACCACCCAUCGUUAUUGAGAAGCCACCUGAGAAGGUAGUUAAUACGGCAGCUGAAGCUGUAAGAGACAAGAUUACAGAUGAAGAUUAAAUCUUGUCCGUGUCUUAUGCGGUGGCUUAUAAACAUGGAAAGCGUCAUAUUAGCACCCCAUGCUACGAAGACACGGUCUGAUUAGAGCUAGGAUAGGCCACCUUAUGAAUACAUCGUCAUUAGGCAAUAAGAGCACUUCUGAUCUAGCAGCAGAUCAAGUGAUUUAUGAACCUACAUUGGCACCUAGAUAUUCUAGUAAUCAUGCAUUAACAUUACCACCAUAAAACAAAAACCCCGACGUAUCAACGUAUUGACUACACCCGCUAGUUAUGGGGCUAGAUUGCACCCGUAAGCUGCCGUAAAUAUUAAAAUUUUAAACCGGAUUUUGGAUGAGGC